GAGGGAAAAUAGGAUAUUACAAUUAUAAUAAUAAGGCAGGUGACACGUGUCGAUAUACAAAGGGGCGAGCGGCUCCGCCAUGGGCGGGGUAUUUAUGUGAAGAAUUUCCUCGACCAGUUGGUGAGCAAUUGCAGAAGGUUUUUGAAGGAUCUGCUGUUGCUGCUGCGGCGGCGGCGUCGAUCGUAGCAAGCUAAGGUAAUCCUGCAUGCAUCGAGGAUGGCAACUGGCAUCGUCACCACGAAACUCGAAGAUUUGGUUGUGAUUGACAACGGAGUUCUACAGCUCACCCUGACCAAUCCUGGGGGAAUCAUUAGAGGCAUACGCUACAAUGGAAUUGAGAAUUUGUUGGAAGUUAACAACACGACUCUCAACGGAGCGUUUUGGGACCUUAAUUGGAGUGAAGCAGGGAGCCACAAAACAAGGGGACAGUUCGACACGAUUGAAGGAACAAGCAUGAAAGUAAUUGUUGAAAAUGAGGAGCAAGUAGAACUCUCAUUCACAAGAACAUGGGAUCCUUCACUUGAAGGAAAGCAAUCUCCUUUGCGAAUAGACAGAAGGUUUGUGAUGCUUCAUGGCUCCCCAGGAUUCUACUCUUACGCUAUUUUCGAGCAUUUGGAAGACUUCCCUGGUUUCAACCUUAACACCACCCGAAUCGCGUGCAUGCUCAAUAAAGACCUGUUUCAUUACAUGGCUAUAUCAGAUAACAGGCAAAGAUACAUGCCCAGGCCGGAAGAUCGACUGCCUCCUAGAGGUCAAGAACUGGAGUACCCUGAAGCCGUGCUUCUUGUUGAUCCUGUCGACCCGGAAUUUAAAGGAGAAGUGGAUGACAAAUACCAGUACUCAAUUGAGAACAAAGAUAAUAAGGUGCAUGGGUGGAUAAGCUCCGAUCCACCAGUGGGGUUCUGGCAAAUUGCGCCAAGCAAUGAAUAUCGAAAUGGAGGACCUUUGAAACAAGACUUGACCUCUCAUGUGAACCCGACCACCCUUGCGAUAUUCGUCACAUCUCAUUAUGCGGGAGAGGAUCUUCUUCUCAAAUUUCAACCUGGCGAAAUAUGGAAGAAAGUGUUCGGACCAGUUUUUAUCCAUCUCAAUUCUGUUCCGGACCGAAAAGACGCGCUUACUCUUUGGAAUAAUGCCAAAGAACAGAUGAAAAAAGAAGAGGAAUCGUGGCCGUACAGUUUUGUAGCCUCAGAUGAUUAUCCUAAAUCUCACCAGAGGGGUGCAGUGAGGGGUAAAAUGCUUGUGCAUGACAGGUAUGUUAGUGAAGAUGCCCUACCGGCAAAAGCAGCAUAUGUCGGACUGGCUGCCCCGGGGAAUGCUGGAUCAUGGCAGAGGCAAUCCAAGGGAUAUCAAUUCUGGACCACGGCUGAUGAGAAUGGUUGCUUCACUAUUAACAACAUACGCCCCGGGAACUAUAACAUAUAUGCAUGGGUACCAAGCUAUAUCGGUGAUUAUAAGUUCGAGAAUGCACUGACCAUAACUGAAGGUUGUGAGAUUGAUGUUGGUGCGCUUACUUAUAAGCCGCCAAGAGACGGUCCAACGCUGUGGGCAAUCGGGAUUCCUGAUCGUACUGCAGCUGAAUUCUAUGUUCCAGAUCCCAACCCAAAGUACAUCAACAAACUAUAUGUAAAUCACCCGGACAGGUUUAGACAAUACGGAUUGUGGGAAAGAUAUGCAGAUUUAUAUCCAGAUAAAGAUUUAGUGUAUACUGUGGGUAUAAGCGACUAUAAGACAGAUUGGUUCUACGUUCAAGUCACAAGGUGGAAUAUUUCUACAUUCAAUUAUGUUGCUAUGAAAAUUGGUGAGAAUUCAUACAAGGGCACAACAUGGCAAAUAAAAUUCAAUCUCGACAGUGUGGACGAAUGUGGGACUUACGUGCUGCAGCUGGCACUCGCAUCUGCUCAUAAGGCUGAGUUACAGGUUCAUGUGAACAAAUUCGAUGCAGAUCCCCCAUUGUUUUCGACAGGCGUAAUCGGGGGAGACAAUGCAAUAGCAAGGCAUGGAAUUCAUGGAAUCUACUGGCUGUUCAGUGUGGAAGUUGAAGGCGGGGAUUUAAAGCAGGGCGAGAAUACCAUAUAUUUGACACAGACACAGGAUAAGAGCCCUUUUCAGGGUAUUAUGUAUGACUACAUUCGUUUCGAAGGGCCUCGUCCUGUUUAAUCUUUGCAUGAAAAUUUCGAAAAAGAAGUGCACUGCAGAUGGUAAAUCCUCUCCUAUGUAGCAGUCAAGUGGUUAUACUGUUGAGUAGUCUAAUUAAUGAGAGUAAAGAUCUGCAUGUAUGGAUUAAUAUUGAAGCAGCAAAAAGAACAUUCCUAUCUGCUAACAGCUGAAAAUGUCAGUUACAAAAGAGGAGUUUAGU